CUUUAGCGAGUAAAGGCAACUGAUCUGGGAACAGUCUGUAAUGCAAAUCCCGGAACAUUCCAGUGCUCUGAUUGGUCGACCGAGCGUCACGAGACGCGGCACUGUAGAAUUGCUGCACUGCUGAGCUCGUGCCGUCUGUGCUUCAGGUAAAAUGAGUGAGUCUUUAGUUGUGUGUGAGGUGGACGAAGAUCUUGUGAAAAAGUUGAGGGAUUUCCGCUUCAGGAAGGAAACCAACAAUGCUGCCAUUAUCAUGAAGAUUGAUAAAGACAAACAGCUGGUGAUUCUGGAUGAGGAGCAUGAGGAUAUUUCACCUGAAGAUCUGAAGAAUGAGCUACCUGAAAGACAGCCGAGAUUUGUAGUCUACAGCUAUAAGUACCAACAUGAUGAUGGAAGGGUGUCUUACCCCCUGUGUUUCAUCUUCUCCAGUCCUGUUGGAUGCAAACCUGAGCAGCAGAUGAUGUAUGCUGGAAGCAAAAACAAACUGGUGCAGACGGUUGAAUUGACCAAGGUCUUUGAGAUAAGGAACACUGAGGAUCUGACCGAGGAAUGGCUCAGAGAGAAACUAGGCUUCUUCCGUUAAGAAGACCCAAACAAGCUUACCUAGAUGUUUAAAGAGUGACCUUAAGGGACCAUCACCUCCAGCAGGAGAGAUACCAUAGUCCAUCUGAUACUGUCCAUUUGUGUACGUUUGAAUGCUUCUGCCCAAACUCUAAACCCGCCUGUACCAGUUCUAUUAAGAAGAUAGAAAUUUGAUGUGCAAAAGCAAAGAAAGUAUAACUGCAAUUUCUUACACUGCUUUUGGACUUUUACUUAGAUUUUUGGAACACUUCCACUCUCGUCGAGUAGUUAAAUAUGUACUACCCUACGAAGGUGGCCAAUUCCUACUGCCGUCAAAGUUGGGCUACGUUCUCAUGUCAGCUAUUUAGAAUGUUUUUACAAAACCACACGUCUUCAUUUAAAGCUCUAAUAUAAGUAGAGCAACAUGCUUUCUUCCUUUAUAAUAUAGUCUUCUUCCUGUAUUUUGGAGUGCUUUGACCAAAUUUUGAUAUGCGUUGACUGGCGGGAGGUGAAAGGGUCUUGUGUCUUAUCGAAAGUUUUGGGAGAGAGGGUUUGAUCAACUGUUUUGGCCUGUCGUCUUGAGCAUCACAUAAUAAUUUUGUUGCCUUUUAUAUUCUGUGCUCGCAGCUUGAUGGAAAAAAAGCACCACUGAAGUUUUGUAAUGUCUCACCUUUUUCGUUUUGGGACUACUUUUUAUGCAUUGUUUUUGGGAAAGAUAUUGGUCGCCAGUGUCGCCCUUACGUCCUCAAGCACAGAGCAGAAAACUGCACUAUCCUAAUUCUUUGGAAAUGUGUACGUUUAGCGGAGAUGUUUUGUGUUGUGAAUCUGCACUAGACCAUAAUGAAAAUGUCUGUUUGUUUUCUUAAAUGACUCUCUCUUUCCCAUUGCCCAGUUUAAUCCUGAAGCGAAGCCAGUUUUACUGUUCUAUGCAACACGUCACUGUUUCCAUAUUUAUAUAAAAACAAUCUUUCAGUUGGCCAAAAAUGUAAACACUGGAAAACUGCCUAAAUGUUUACAUCUUCUGAAAAUCUCAGCAGUUGGAGAAAAAGAUGUGGUUUUGAUAAGUAAUACCUCUGCAGAACUCACAAUUCUGUGAGCUUUAAAGUGGGUCAGGCUCAGUUGUGCUUUGUUUCUGUACAUCUGUAGAACCCGUAACCUGUGAUUAGUGCCGUUCCUAUUAAACUGAUGGCUGACUGGUGGUUUAUAUGAUGUGGACAUCACAUGAUAUACCCCAUACAGUAGUGAACUGUAUCUGUUUAAUGUAAGUUUAUUCACUACAAGCUUUUGGGAUUUUUUUUAAAUGACUGAAUGCUUUUCCUGAUCACUCACGAUCUGUCUUGGUUAACCUUUCGAUAUGUGUUUGUCAGCUGUUUUGAAUAAAUAUAGAAGUGUUUACUUCUUUAAUAAUGUGA